AUGGGAACGUGGAACCGAAGAUUUAACUUCGGUGGACUCCGAUUGUCGGCCUCCGAUCAGAUUUCUAUAACAAUUGUAUACCAUUUGUAUAUACAACGUAGAGCGAGGGAAGGGACAAAAAGGUGGAGUAAAUUGGAAGAGAAAGAGAAUAUAGUUAAUAGUUAUAACCCUGGAGGCAAAUUGGGGGGAUUAAUCAUCAUCCACCCCUCCGGCCCCAGGCUUCCCCCCACUGAACAUUCAAAGAAAAAACCCACUUGUGGCCCCAACUUCUCUCUUCUCUCCGGCUUCGAUCCAUUUUACAACAUCCCCAAAAUCGCGAUUCACACGAAUCGAAUUAUCUAG